GAAAUUGAACGAAUUGUUGAUUUUUUUAAAAGAUUUGAAAUUCCCGGUUUUCAUAACAGCUCCGCUCAUUUGGGGGACUGGUGCGAAUACGUCAUCGGGGUGGAAGGAACCAAAGCUAUCUUCAUUUCUUGUGUGUAAACUUUAUGUUGUUGUGUCCAAAUUCUUCGCCAGUGCAUCAACUGUUUCGUUUAAAAAAACUAGUUUUCUCAGAAAAACAUAUUUAUGGCAACUACAAGCGCAUCAUGUAGCUCAAAAUAUGAUUCCUCGUCCGAUAUUACUGACUUCRAGCUCGAAGACAACACGGCCGGCGAACUACCAUCGGAACUAACAUGUCUAACUGAGAAUUACGACUCUGAAAACGAUGAGAUACCUUAUUCUGAUGAACCUCUAGCCGAUGCAGAAUGGAUAUCUCAAUACGAUAAAGAAGUGAAGCAAAUCGAAGAACAAGAAUCAGAACUGAAGUCUCGGUUGGC